UAGCUGGACAACCAUAUCUUGUUAAACUCCAUUGCUUGUCUUCAUUAACAAUGUCACAUUGUCUAUGACAACUGAAAUUUUAAAGUUUUUCCUCAAACCAGGCACCUUUCUUGUUGUUUUGUUCUUUAAGAGAGAGGGAUAGGUGGUUUUGGUAGGUAGCUAAGAUCGAAUUCUGUUUUAUGGUUCACUUUCUUGCGUACUUCAUUUUUGUUUCUUUAUAUGUUGUUUGCAGCUUAGAGAGAGGGAGGGGAUUUAGUUUGGUGUCUAGGGAGAGAGAGAGAUGAUGAAUCAUGAGUGCUGUCUAGUUAUGGAUGCAUGGAUAAGGGAAGCACAAGAGACAACAAAGUUGGUGGAGGACAUAGAAAGCAGAAUAAAGAACAAAGACUUAGCCGAAGAAAAUAGGCUCAGAGACAUUGCUCAAUCGAAGCUAAUUGAAGCUGGAGUCAAGCUUGAUCGCCUUGAAUCACUCCUUCAUAACCCACCUUCAAAGCCUGCCUUCAGUGGUUUUACAGAACUAUAGAAGAUUCGGAAUUUCGAUGGAAAAUGAUAUCGGAUUUACAGCUAAGAACACGAGCACUGGCUCUCCGUCUCUAUACAUCAACAAAGAGGGCAGGAGGUUUUCUGGUUUCAACUACCACUGGAACCAGUAGAACAACCAACAGCCUUGAUCAAGAUCAGAAAAGGAAGUUGCACUCCAAAUUCGAUCCAGAGCUGCUCACGCUGCUUACUUCAGAGGAUACAACCCAAGAUCAAGUGCAGUUCAAGAAUUCUGGUUCUUUUAUUUCAACAAGUUUAAUCAAGAAGGUGUGCUGGACCUUCUGUUUGAUUCUUGGAGCAGCUGCACUGCUAUUUGUCUUGGUUAUAAUCUGCGCAGUAAUAUAAUCUACAUACUCUGCCUAUUGGUUUGCUAUUAUAGUUUCCUCUUUACAACUUCGGAGCUGCAAGCUUUUUCAUUCUAUCAGAAAAGUCCCAAUAUUUCCUUCAUGUAAUUGUUAAUCGUUUGACAUUUUAGAAUCGAGGAGCUCUUUUAUGGGGGCAUGGAAUGUAUAGUAACAUCGAUAAGAACAGGAAAAAUUAUAUCAUUUAUUAAAACUUCAGUCAAUGUUAAUGCUGUCAA